AUGCGCCAAACCUACUGUGACGGCUUGCCCGUCAGCUACUCUGCUUCUUCCUCCACUUCAGCGACGGACCCAGCCCGGCAUUGCGCAACGCAAUCACCAACGGGCGGGUCAACCGACCUGGACAGUGUAGAAUCCUUCUACACCACACCGCCGGACUUGCACGCCGCUGAACCCGUGUCCCAGCUGCUCCAGCUGCCGCCCACAAGCUCGUACCCGGGAUUUAUCAACACAGAUUUCCAGGGCUACACCCACCCGCAACCCCCUCUGCAGGCGCAGCUCCGCUCUUUUGCACCGUUGCCGACGCAGGGCAUGUGGCCUACUCCGCCACCGUCCACGACCUAUGAAGGAGAAGACACCGACGGCCACUCGUUCCAGAGCUCGCCUAUGAGUGGAAACUCGGCUGUCCAUCCCGCCGCUCACUAUCCCGUUGACUCCUCGGCUGCCAGUCCCAGAAGCUGGUCCUCCCCUGGAGCCCAGCAAGUCGGCUUCCCGCCGGACAUCUGGAGAUCAUCCGAACAGUUUUCUCCCUACAACAUGGGAGUUGGUACCCCGUCGUCAUAUGAAGAGCAUUACUAUCAGCAGAUGGCGCCUUCCACCUAUGGCAGCGGACGCUUCACGCUUCGCAACGAAAUCAGCAUGCACCCUGCACAUUUUGGACAUCAGGACACUCCCCCUAUGAUGCCAGACAUUCCCGAGCCCAGCGCUACUCUGUCCUCCAACGGAGAUUCCCCCCGGCUGAAGGAAGAGGAGUUUGGAAGCCCGUACCAGCUCGACGAGGACGAGGAGAUGCAGGAUGCAGGCCACAGAGGUCAACAAGCUGGCGAGGAGGGCAGCAAGGUAGACGAACCCUACGCGCAACUAAUCUACCGCUCCUUCAUGAGCCGGGAACGACACGCGAUGACACUGCAAGAGAUCUACCAGUGGUUCCGUGAUAAUACCGAGAAGGCCAAGAACGAAGCCAGCAAGGGUUGGCAAAAUAGUAUCCGGCACAACCUAAGCAUGAAUGCUGCAUUUGUGAAGCGCGAUCGCAAAGCCGGGCCCGGUGAGCCGGCUGUAGACCCGGGCGAGACCAAGAAGUCUACCGAGUGGGUGCUGGAAGACUGGGCAGUGACCGACGGAGUACAAAGCACGACUCGCUACCGCAAGGGAAACCCCAGUCGACGAGGAGGUCCCGGCAGUCACGGGCGAUCGCAUGGAAACCCCUCAGCAAGAGCGAGUUCAGGUCGAAAGGGGGGGAUCACCGCAAGCAAGACCAAGGCCGCCGCCUCGAGACGUUCUACCGCAAAUCGAACACACCGCCCCGGUUUUCUCGGCAGCCAUAGCGACCACCUUCACGAGUCAAUGUACGAUCGUUCUGCGGCUUACCACUAUGUAUCCAACGGCAGAGAUGCCGCCGUCACACCGCCCGAGACAGACCCGACUGAGCUGUUAUUCCGAGACCCCAUGAACGCGGCCGGGCUGGCUGCCGGCAGUGUUGGCGGCCACGGAUACCCUUACAACAACCAUCCCCAUCACCAGCAGCUCCAUCCCGCCUACUCCCAACAAGGCCAUCCGGGCAUCUACACGAUUGACAAUCUCGCCGGCGUAUACCAGCCCCCAACCCAUGCGUCCGGUCGAAUUCCAGGCACAGCGACGACACUGCCAUCGAGCUACAAUGCCCUGUUUGCCGCGAUGGAGCCGGAUGAAGAGGGCAGACUAGACCGAUUCAACUCGAUGUUCUGGCAGGACCCGGGCACCGGCAGCGGCGGCGCAUACCAGCCGUAA